AUGCCGAAAUUCAUUUAUUUCGUCGUUUUAAUUAUGAUUUCGGCUCUUGCAAUGAAGACUGUAUCGAGGACGGUAGAAUCACCAGAAUCAAUGAAUGGUGUCCAAACUCCCAUAAUCAUGACUCAUAGAUAUCCCAAUCUGAUUGAAUUAAUGGAGGAUAAUUCUGAUAAUAUUGAUAAUAGGAUUUGUCAAAUAGAGUAUCAAGUUACCAGGAAGAAAACAGGAAAGUGCCUGAGAUUAGGUCACGAAGUAAUUGGUUGUGUUUCCGGCGAUUACAUGGAUCUUUUUCAUCCUGACUGUUUCUAA